AUGGCUCCUGUGAUCGAGUCAGCCGGCGUGCGCCUGCUGAUUGUUCUGUGUGUGGUGGUCUGCACCGUGCUGCUGAGCAACCAAUACCUGGAAGAGCUGCUGCCACAGGUAAAGGUCUCCGCGGAAGUCGCAUGGGGCUUGGUCUCUAAAGGAUAUGGAUUGCUCUACGUCAUGGUCUUUGCGUCGUUUCAUAGCCAGGUCGUGCCUCUUUGCGGCAAGAAAGGAGUUUCGCCAGUGUCCGACCUUCUCUCGAGGGCGAGCAAGGACUUUUCUGGCUACCGGAAGGUCCUGUACUUUCCGACCCUUCUCUGGCUUGAUGAUAGCGACGCCAUGCUUGUGGGCCUGAACGGUGUUGGUCUGCUGGCCGGCCUUCUUGCCAUUUGCGGCGGCUUAGCAGGCUGGCUUGGACUACUCGUCGCACGAGUCUGCCUACAGUCUCUGGCAGUCGCAGGAGAGUUCUGGUACGUUUGGGACUACAUGGUUCUCGAGGCGGGGGCUCUGGUCCUCCUGCUUCCGACUUCUGCACCGCUGCCGGCCCUGGGUCUGACAUCGACGCCAGCUCCGUGUGUGGCACUGGCCUGGCAGUUUCUGGCUAUUCGCCUCAUGCUCGGCUUCGCGAAGACGAAGUUUGGUGGGGCUCGCGUUUUCGAGGACAACCUGUACCUUCAGGGAUUUUUCAUCUGGCAGCUGCUGCCAAAUCGGCUCAGCUGGUAUCUGCAUCACGCGCCCCUGUGGUUUCUCAGAGCCGGCUACGUCUUCAUGCUCUAUGUCGAGGUGAUUCUGCCGCUUUGCGCCUUCUUUGGAGGAGCGCCCCGCUACAUCGCUGCCUGCGGACUGAUCGCGCUGAUGUUCGGCAUCUACCUAACAGGAAACUGGGGCGCCUUCAAUUUCGGAUAUGCCAUUGUGUGCGUCGGCUUGUUCGACCUGGAUGUGGCAUAUUCGAGCUUCUUCUCUGCCAGAGAGCUGGGCGACUGCUUCUGGUCGGAUAUCCUUCUACGCCCACUGAUGACGGUUUACAUGUUUCUGAGCCUGAUCUACUGCGUCUUCGAUACCUGGACGAACACAUCCUGGCCCUACUACUACUGGGAGAUCAUCCCAGAAUUCCAGCUCCAUGGGCUGAUCGGCCUCAUCAGACUCUUAGGACCCUUUCGCCUCAUUAGCUCCUACGGCGUCUUUCCUCCCGAAGCUCUGCCUCAGGUCCGCACCACCUUGGUGUACGAGGGCAGCCAGGAUGGCACCUGGUCAGAUGAAGAUUUUUGUGAGGCUCAGGGGAAAGCGAAGAUGGCAGACGCGGAGAAACUGCCCCCCCUGGAUGAUGACGCCGACUCUUGGGCCCAAUGUCAACGCCCGCUUGUGGAAGCCUACCGGGAUGCCAGGGCCAGCGGGCCCGAGUGCCUGGAAGCCCCGAAGGGCGCGGUGAAGAUCUCGCCAGGGCGGUUUUGGCAAGCUCGUGCGGAGGAGCAUGUUUACGUCAAAGACGCGCAUGCCGACUCCACCGACAAAAUGCUGCAGAAGCAAGCAGAAAUCCUGAAGCGACUGGACCACCAGACGGAGCUGUUGAGCCUGCUCGUGUCGAAGCCUCCCUUGGGGAUGCGGAGAAUCAGCCUGGAGCGGCCUGAAGUUGCCGCCUGCCACAGCAGUGGCUGCAACAGCGGCUGCCACAGCAACAGCUCUCAACAGGUUCGGGCAAAGGUGAAUCACGACGAGCCAGCUCGUCCCAAAAGAACUUCGUUUACGCCUCAUCUCUUCAAGACCUUCUCGCAGACCGAGCUAAGUCGUCGCCGGGAGGCCAAGGCUGUCUCAGUGGAGCGGUCGGUGACGGCCGCGAUGUCUUCGGAGGCGCCGCCAUACUGUGCAGAGCGACUGGUGAAACAUCCUGUCUUUGACCUCUUCUUCACUGUGGUGGUCAUCACGAACUCGAUCUUCAUUGGUGUGGAGCUGCAACUCAGCAUGUCAACUGGGUGCAGGUCAAUCCCUGUACAGGCUGUACAAUACGUCUACACUCUUCUCUUCACUCUCGAGCUUGUGCUCAGGGUUCUGGGGCAGGGCCCCAGCCUAUUCUGGCGUGACGAGUGGACGUGGGCCUGGCUUGAUCUAUUCAUCGUGGCGACGUCCUUGUGGGAGGUGGCCGUGGAUGUCUACUACUACAGCCAGGGCAAUACGGACCUCACCGCCCUAUCAGGCAUGUCGAGCCUCAAAGCCUUCCGGAUCAUCCGAAUCACCAGGCUCAUCAAGGCUGUCAGACUCGUGCGGAUCCUGCGCUUCGUCAUGGCUUUCCGAACACUCAUUACCUCCAUCCUGCACACGCUGAAGUCGCUGUUCUGGGCCCUCAUGCUGUUGGCCUUGAUCAUCUACGUUUUUGCAGUCCUCUUCACGCAAGCGGUGAACGACGUGCUCAAGGAUCCCGAGUCGGGCCUUUCGCAAGCAGAUAUUGAUGCCAGUGUGCUCUACUUUGGUACGCUUCCGGAGACGAUGCUGAGCCUCUUCAUGAGCAUCUGCGGUGGUGUGAGUUGGGAGAACGUCCUUGCACCACUGAAGAGUAUGUCCGUGAUUUGGGUCCUGCUCUACCUGUUCUACAUAGCCUUCACUUAUUUCGCGGUGAUGAACGUGGUAACUGCGGUCUUUUGCCAGAGCGCCAUUGACGGGGCCCAGAACGACCACGCAUCGAAGGUGCAUGCGAUCCUGUCGAACAAGGAGGAGCAUCUGGGAAAGAUCAGGGCUCUGUUCUCUCAGUUCGGAGCAGAAGACGGCGUCAUCACCUUCGACCUCUUCCGGGAAAAGAUCAAGAGCCCAGAGGUGCGUCAUUAUUUCCAAACGCUGGGUUUAGACGUGUGGGAUGCGUGGUCCUUCUUCAAGCUGCUGGAUGAGGAUGCCGGAGGGGCCGUGGAGAUCGAAGAGUUUCUGAUGGGCUGCUUGCGGUUGCGCGGGCAGGCCACGGCUAUGGAUGUUGGAAAGCGCCGGCUCUGCAAGAGGCAAGUGGUGUGGUGCCGUGAAGAUGGAAGCCAAGCAGAGCCAAGGAUCAUCAAUGACCAGCAGUGGCUGAUUCGAAACCAGGGCAAGUUCCACGCCUACAUGGAGGUCGAGCUUCGGCAGCUGAAAGAGCAAGUGUCGAUCCUAACUGGUGUCAAUCUUUCGUCUGAUGAGCACAUAGGGCUCAUCUUCGGGCAGAAGGAAGACAUGUACCGCUACCAGCCGCACAGCUGCCAAUCCGUGCCGUGCCGCCUCGCGCCGCACCAUGCGCGCCUGGACCACCGGGCGCAUUACCCCUUCGAGGUGACCAGCAAGAGUGACCUUACCUCUGCGUACAGCCUGACAGACCACAAUCCGUACUGCUAUAGUCCCGUGAGCUUCGCCCACCGCGUCGCCCAGCGCUUGUUGGAGGGCGAGGAGUCCGUCCUGGGCCUCUUCGCGUCGAACCCGUUUCCAGAGAAGGCUCCAGCUUUCGUCCGAGUAACAGGCUACGGGCUGAGCCCGUGCAGCAUCGCUCACCACCAGAAGACGGGGAACUGGUGGCAUGCGCAGCAGUUGUGCGAGGUCGUGCCUCCGCGUCAAACUGACCCCAGCAUUUGGCAGCGGUGGGUUCCACACGCCGAGUGCUUCCACCCAGAGCAUGAAGUGUGGCGAAGCCGCAGUGGCCCGGUACAGGCCCUCCGUGCCAGUGAUCCGAGUGAUGUCGAUGCAGCGGUUUUCUGCGAGGGCAUCGGCAAGGACGAGGUCGCAGCUUUCUGGUCUGAGUUUAUCCCGAGCGUGCAGCGAGCACGCGGUGACUGGGCCAGUCUUCCCUCGCGAGCGCGGGAAUUGGCCGAGCGCACGGCCCCGGCCAAGCUGGCCCUUUACGAGCGCAUUCUCGCGCGCUAUGUACUGCUUUUGCUUCGACAAGUUUCCCCACAGCUUGUCCAAAAGAUUGGCAUUGCCAUCCUCUUCGGCACCUGGCGACUUCAUCUGCUUCUGCACGAUGUGGUUGCUGAAGGCAAAGAUGCGUACCUGGACACGCUCAAGAAUCCUGAGUCCUUGCUUCCACGGGCCGAGAAGAUCCAGGAUCCGCAGCUUCUGGAUUUGCUGGGCCUUCUAAGACCCGCAGACCUGCAGUUCGAGGACUGCAAGUUCCAUUACCAUUAUGCUGCCAAGCAGCGCCCCGACCGUCGUGGUUUCCUCAAGAGCAUCUGCGAGUUUGACUAUGGUGGCAUGUACUCCUUCGUGAAGUUCAUGGCUCAGCAACCCAGCCUGUCGCCACUUUGGCUACCCAAGGCCGAGUUGCUGAAUUCCGGGGCUUGGAUCGUGGAGGGCUACCAGGACCAAGGCGAGGCAACUGCAUCCGCUUCUCUGAGCGCUCCACUUGUCAGGCGGAGGGCCUCUUCCGAGGAUUCACGCCGCUGUGAGCGACACAAGCGGGUGCUCUUCGUCAAAACGGUCGUGGGCGGAAAGAUCGACAAGACCGUGGAGAUUCCCUAUGGUCAUUGCGAAGUCGGCCUGUGGUAUCGCUGCCGUGCGCAUGAGGCCACCGGGCUAUCCAUUCGACAGAUGAAGUUGCUGUUCGCAGGGGCUCCCUUGCCCGACGACCGGCGACAUAGUGGUUUGCAGGUCGGCAGCACGCUUCACCUCGUCGUCCCGGCGCAAGAGCCAAGAGCCUGA